AUGAAGAUGUCUCUAAAGAAUGUGCUUACCAGCGCAGCAUCGCCUCGUAACUCUUCCUCUCUUGACAGUGACCGUGAUGCCUACUAUUCCAAGCAGAAUCCAGACAGUUUUCCCGUAAAGGAACAAGAAAUUUAUAACAUUGAUCUGGAAGAAAACAAUGUAUCAUCUCGUUCAUCCACUUUUACAUCACCUUCCGCAAGGGACGAUUCCUUUGCAGUUCCAGAUGGUAAAGAUGAAACCACAAGGUUAAGGAAAGAUUUGAAGGCAAGGCAUAUCUCCAUGAUUGCUAUAGGUGGGUCACUGGGGACAGGACUGCUUAUAGGUACAGGUACCGCUUUAAUGACCGGUGGUCCCGUUGCGAUGUUGAUUGCAUAUGCCUUUGUUGGUCUUUUGGUCUUUUUCACCAUGGCCUGCCUUGGUGAAAUGGCUUCUUACAUUCCAUUGGAUGGUUUUACAAGUUAUGCUUCCCGUUAUGUGGAUCCUGCCCUAGGGUUUGCCAUUGGGUACACCUAUCUUUUCAAAUAUUUCAUCUUACCUCCAAAUCAACUUACUGCUGCGGCUUUGGUCAUUCAAUACUGGGUUAGUAGAGAUCGUGUUAAUCCUGGUGUGUGGAUCACUAUAUUCAUGGUGGUGAUUGUUGCUAUCAAUGUCAUUGGUGUGAAAUUUUUCGGUGAAUUUGAAUUUUGGUUAUCUAGUUUCAAAGUUUUGGUGAUGUUGGGUCUUAUCCUAUUACUAUUUAUUAUUAUGCUUGGUGGUGGCCCCGACCAUGAUCGUUUGGGGUUCAGAUACUGGCGUGAUCCUGGUGCUUUCAAAGAAUAUUCGGCGGCAAUCGGUGGUGGCAAGGGAAAAUUUGUCUCUUUCCUUGCAGUUUUCGUUUACAGUCUUUUCAGUUACACCGGUAUUGAAUUGACUGGUAUCGUUUGUUCUGAAGCUCAAAAUCCAAGGAAAAGUGUUCCAAAGGCAAUUAAAUUGACCGUUUAUCGUAUCAUUGUUUUCUACCUCUGUACUGUUUUUCUUUUGGGUAUGUGUGUCGCCUACAAUGAUCCUCGUUUGAUAUCGACAAAGGGUAAGGCUCUGUCUGCCGCAGCAUCUCCAUUUGUGGUUGCCAUUCAAAACUCAGGUAUUAAAGUACUACCACAUAUCUUCAACGCCUGCGUCCUCGUUUUUGUUUUCAGUGCCUGUAACUCAGAUUUGUAUGUUUCUUCCAGAAACCUGUAUGCAUUGGCCAUUGACGGCAAGGCACCCAAGAUCUUCUCUAAGACGAACAAAUGGGGUGUACCUUACAACGCUUUGAUAUUUUCCGUGUUGUUUUGUUGCUUGGCGUAUAUGAAUGUGUCUGCAGGAUCAGCAAAAAUUUUCAAUUACUUUGUUAACGUUGUUUCUAUGUUUGGUAUCUUAAGUUGGAUCACCAUCCUUAUUGUUUACAUCUACUUCGACAAGGCUUGCCGUGCUCAAGGUAUUGACAAAUCUAAAUUUGCUUAUGUUGCUCCUGGUCAACGUUACGGUGCUUAUUUUGCCUUGGUCUUUUGUAUUUUUAUUGCUUUGAUCAAAAAUUUUACUGUUUUCCUCGGUCAUAAAUUUGACUAUAAAACUUUCAUCACUGGGUAUAUUGGGUUGCCUGUUUACGUCUUUUCUUGGGUUGGGUAUAAAUUGAUUUACAAGACCAAAGUUAUAAAAUCAACUGACGUGGAUUUAUACACCUUUAAGGAAAUAUACGACAGAGAAGAAGAACAGGGCAAAAUAGAAGACCAAGAGAAGGAAGAACGUUUGAAGAAAAACGGUAAAAAUAUGGAAUGGUUUUACGAAAAGUUUUUGGGUCAUAUCUUCUAG